AUGAAAGAAAAAUCUAGAAACGCUGCAAAGACGCGGAGAGAAAGAGAGAAUGGGGAGUUUUAUGAGCUGGCAAAACUGCUUCCUCUGCCGGCGGCCAUCACCUCCCAGCUGGACAAGGCCUCCAUCAUCCGGCUGACCAGCAGCUACCUGAGGAUGAGAGCUUUCUUCACACACGGUAUGGGUGGAUGGAGCAAUUUGCCAAGUUUGGGUCUGAACAUGUUGAGCUCCCACCUUUUACAAACUCUAGAUGGCUUUCUGUUUGUUGUUGCAUCUGAUGGGAAAAUCAUGUACAUCUCCGAAACAGCAUCUGUCCACCUCGGCUUGUCCCAGGUUGAACUAACAGGAAACAGUAUAUUUGAAUACAUCCACCCAUCAGACCAUGACGAGAUGACGACAGUACUAAGUUUUCAACAGCCACCUCACCAUCACUGCUGUCCAGAAUACAAAGUUGAACGAUCCUUCUUUUUGAGGAUGAAAUGUGUUCUUGCCAAAAGGAAUGCAGGAUUGACAUGUGGGGGCUAUAAGGUGAUCCAUUGCAGUGGCUACCUAAAACUCAGUCUACACAGGACUGAGAUGACAUUGUACGAAUGCUGUUAUCAGAUUGUGGGUUUGGUGGGAGUCGGCCAUUCCCUGCCCCCGAGUGGGAUCACUGAAAUCAAACUUCACAGCAACAUGUUUAUGUUUCGGGCAAACCUGGACUUAAAACUCAUCUUUUUGGACAUGAGUGUUGCUGAGCUGACAGGCUUUGAGCCUCAAGAUCUGAUUGAGAAAACCCUCUACCACCAUGUUCACACAUGUGACGUUCUACACCUACGCUAUGCACACCAUUUAUUGCUUAUUAAAGGACAAGUGACAACAAAGUAUUACCGCAUGUUAGUAAAACAUGGAGGCUGGGUGUGGGUGCAAAGCUAUGCAACCAUUGUCCACAACAGCCGCUCUUCCAGACCUCACUGCGUGGUCAGUGUGAACUACGUUCUCACAGACACUGAGUGCAAGAAACUGCAGUUAUCUGAAGACCAGAUCCAAGUUGCCAAGCUUACUUCACAGUUUGUCUUGAGUCAGGACAACCACAAACAGCUGAGAACUAAAGACGUCAAGCAGAGGACCAAACUCAGAUCAGCUCCUUACACCCAGAACCUGGGUCGUCAGCAGGUUAGAAGAUUACCUCAGUAGGUAAUCAG